AUGGUUGCAAGCAAACUGCUGGGUGUUGUUAGUAUAUUUAUGAUAGUAAACUACGCUGCUGGCAAUGGGCAGUGUGUGGCCUCCAUCAGAGGGACAUCGCGAUGCCCUCCUGCUUGGAGCCAGUGGCAAGACAAAUGCUACAAGAUGCAUGAUGCCUACGUUACUUUGGAAGAGGGCAAGGAAAUUUGUGUUGAGAUGGGUGGGGUGAUGGUUGUCCCUCAAUCCAAAGAAGAGUUACAACAACUUCUCAACAUGUUCAGUGUCCAACGGUUCUGGAUUGGUUGCAACGACGUUGAAACUGAAGGUACCUGGGAGUGUCUGGAUGAAGGUACUAUUGAAGUGCAAAACGAGAUGUGGGCUGAUGGUGAGCCAAAUAAUGAUUACGCCAACGAACUCUGCGCUGUAGGCAGUGCUUCAGGCUUGCACGAUGUGAGUUGCUAUCCCUCAGAGAAGUUAAUCUGCCAGCGUCCCGUAGCACCAGCAUUGUUGCUCCUGUGA